UUCAGAAAAAUAGGUUAACUAAAAACGGAAACCUAUGUAGGUCAGUCGCCAUGCGCAGAAUGGCAGUAAACACUCAAUUACUACAAUAAGUCAACAUGAGCCAAGAUCGAUCUUCAUAUCAAACAUCCAGUAGUGCGACAACUGGUACUUUGAGCUCAAUGGAGACAGUGCCAACACAGGAAGUAGAUGGCUGUUUUGGGACGUUUAGCGAUGGAGAUGAAGACAUCCCCGUGUGGGGUCGUCUUUUCCCGCUCGGAUCUAGUUUUGUUGCACAUGAUCUUACCAAAGAAGAGUACACAUUUGGCAGGGCAGACUCCUGUGAUUUCAUCUUCCCAAAUGUCAAAGGGAAAUGUCAGUCAUACAGAACAUACAGCUCGAUCCACUUCAAGAUAUUUAGGCAACAAACCAGUACAGGGGUUUUUAUAUUCCUAGAAGACACAAGCAGCAAUGGAACUUUUGUCAAUGGAAGUAAAGUUGGAAAAGGAAACAAACAGGUGCUUAGUAAUAAUGAUGAAAUUGCAUUAUCUGUGGCCAGGAACAAAGCUUACAUAUAUAUGGAUGCAAACAACAAUGAUGAUAACAAUUUCCCUGAGUCCCUUAGAGAGAAGUAUACUAUUACCAAAGUAUUAGGCAGGGGUGCUGCUGGUGAAGUGCGGCUUGCCUUUGAAAAAGGCACAUGCAAGACAUGGGCCAUCAAAAUCAUACAGAAGAGAAGAUUUUCCAUUGGUGGCAAGAAUGAGUUGAAUCUUGAAAAGCAAGUGAUCAAUGAAGUUAAUAUUUUAAAGGGAUUAAAACAUCCAUGUAUUAUAUCCAUAGAAGAUGUCAUAGAUACACCUGAGUGUGUUUACAUAGUAUUAGAGCUGGUUGAAGGUGGGGAACUUUUUGACAGAGUUGUCAGCAAAGGUUUCUUUGAGGAAAAUAUUGCAAAAUUACUCUUCCACCAAAUGCUGUUAGCAGUCAAGUAUCUCCAUGACCAAGGUAUAACACAUAGAGAUUUAAAGCCUGAAAACAUCUUGCUGGCAACAGAUGAAAAUGAAACUUUGGUGAAGGUGACAGACUUUGGAUUGUCAAAAUUCGUCGAUGCCAAUACAAUGAUGAAAACCUUUUGUGGAACACCAAACUACUUAGCACCAGAAAUUCUUGAGACUCAGGGGCAUGGGAAAUAUACAAAUGCCAUUGACUGCUGGAGUCUAGGGGUCAUUCUGUUUAUAUGUCUGGUUGGUUACCCACCCUUUGGGGAUGUGAACAAGGAUGUGCCUUUAGCAAAACAGAUCAUGCGAGGCAUGUACUCCUUUCCUGCUAUCUACUGGAAGGAUGUGUCAUCUGAGGCAAAAGAUCUGGUGAAACAACUAUUGACAGUGAAUCCUGAGAAAAGGGCAACUGUAGAACAAGCAUUAAAUCAUUCAUGGUUCCAGGAUGAUGAAAUGUUAAAAAAGGUGCAUGACAUCAUGUAUCCAACUGGUAACAGUGUUAUGCUGCCUCCCAAGAAUCCUGCAACGCCAAAGAAAAGGCCUCCAGUUGCAGAAGAAUCAAGCAGGAAAAGAACAAAAAUCUCUCCAUGAUACUUAC